UUUCAGGAAGAUCGAUGUCAAUAAUUCAGGUUUUGUUACUAGAGAAGCAUUUAUUGAUUAUUGGGUAAACGGGAACAUGUUGAUAAUGGAUACAACGACCCAAAUCUUCAAGAUAUUAAAGCAGAAAGAUCAGAGCUACAUUGUCAAGGAUGAUUUCAAACCACUACUUAAAGAACUGUUGGCGACACAUCCUGGGCUAGAGUUCUUGCAAACCACACCUGAAUUCCAGGAAAGAUAUGCUGAAACCGUCACCUACCGAAUAUUUUACUACAUAAAUAGAUCUGGGAAUGGUCGACUUACAUUUAGGGAGCUUAGACGGGGAAACUUAAUUGAUGCAAUGCGACAUGCUGACGAAGAAGAAGAUAUCAACAAAGUGUUGAGAUACUUCUCAUAUGAGCAUUUCUAUGUCAUAUACUGCAAGUUCUGGGAGCUGGAUACAGAUCACGAUUUCCUGAUUGACAAAGAAAAUCUUAUGAGAUAUGGAAACCACGCACUUACUUACCGGAUUGUCGACAGAAUAUUCUCCCAGGUUGCUAGGAAGUUCACUAGCAAAGUUGAAGGGAAGAUGGGGUAUGAGGACUUUGUGUAUUUCAUACUUGCAGAAGAAGAUAAAUCGUCAGAGCCUAGCCUAGAAUUUUGGUUUAAGUGCAUAGACUUGGAUGCAAAUGAGAUUAUUACGCGAAAUGAGAUGCAAUUCUUUUAUGAAGAGCAGUUGCAUCGAAUGGAGUGCAUGGCGCAAGAAGCUGUUCUUUUUGAGGAUAUUUUAUGUCAGAUGAUUGAUAUGAUCGGACCAGAGAACGAAAGCCAUAUAACGCUGCAUGACCUGAAGGGCUCAAAGCUCUCUGGAAAUGUCUUCAACAUCCUUUUUAAUCUCAACAAAUUUAUGGCAUUUGAAACACGGGAUCCGUUCCUCAUACGUCAGGAGCGUGAGAACCCUACAUUGACUGAGUGGGACCGUUUUGCACAUAGAGAAUAUAUUAGGCUUUCUAUGGAAGAAGACGUUGAAGAUGCAUCCAAUGGAAGUGCUGAGGUUUGGGAUGAGUCGUCACUGGAGGCUCCCUUCUGAGUUCAUAGCGGUAAGUCAAUGGAAAAUCGCAAUCUCACUUAGAAGAUGAAACCAGUGGAAUUGAUAAGAAAAAUACUAAGAAGUUGAAGGUUGUGUCAAGGUUGUUAUCUCAUGAUAUUAGUUAAUCAUGCAGUCCCUGAGAAGAAUCUUUGGAGCUCUCUGGAGAAAGGGAAGUGAAAACCAAGCAAAGUAUCCUCUUUGAAUACCAAACACUUACCUUGGAUUUGUUUUAUUUUUCUGUUAACUUCUCUUCAUUUGUUAGCUGAUUAUAGUAGAGUUAUAUUUAUCAAGAAUUGUCGUCUAGCUCAUCUCUUUACGCCUUCUUCCCCUGUAUUUCUUUCACUUUGUUCCAUCUCUGGGUUUUUUGUAUGUACUUUGUAGUUGUGUUACU